UGGUUGACUAAUGUUAUUUUUGUUUACUAAUAUUUCUCUCGUUAGCGUUAGACCAUUUUUUUACUUAAAUAUAGAGUAAAUGAAUGAAUCAACAAAUAAACGUGUACGCUCCAGCAAUUGGGAUGAUUAUGAUAAAGAGGUCCUUCGAACCUUGGCGCUGCAGCGGGCUGAAAUAUUGGAAAAUAAAGACACUACAACUAAAGUUAAUGCCGCCAAAAAAAAGGCAUGGGAAGAGGUUGUCACUAGUUUCAACAGAGUUUCACGUAAUAAAAGAGAUUUGCCCCAAAUUCUCAAUCAAUGGAGGAACAUGAAAACUAGGGCUAAAAGUAUGUCUAAUGAGAGAAGAGAUAGCAGUUCAACUAGUAAUGAGUUUAUUUUACCAGAAGUGGAAUUGAUUGUCGAACCAGAGACCUCAACUGUACGUGAAGUAUUUUCAGAAGGAACCUCUAAAAAAGCAAAAAAGAAAAAUAACUUGAAAUCAAAUUGCUGUAAUCAAGACCAUGAACAUGAAAUAUAUCUCCUUGCAAAGAAAAGCAGAGAAGAAGUCAUGUGGCAACAGAGACAACUGCAUGAAACCAGAAUGCAGCAAGAAAAGGAGAUUCAUGAAAAAAGGAUUGACUUAAUGAGACUAGAGGAAGAAUAUUGGCGAUUAAAAAUGAAACGUAUUUAUGAAACGUAGUUAAAAUAAUUUUAAUAGAAUUGUUGUCACUAAUAUCAAUUUAUGACUGCAACUUGACAUGAUGUGAUGAAAUAGAAGAAGAAAUCUGUUCUGAUAAACAAGCUGUGUGUCAGGAGUGUCAGGCUUAGCUUAAUAUAACAUCUAAAUUUAUUUAAAAAUUUACUAUAUUAUUUUAUUUUAUUUGUCAAUAACAUGUUUUGAAUUUUAUUAAAAUGAAAAGUGUUGUGAACUUGUGUAAAAUUACCUGAAUUCAACAACAAUAUUAAUGUUACCAAGUUUGUUAAGUAAUUAUAUCCUACUUGUAUUUUUCCUAUGAUAUCUGACUGCAUUUUUAUAAAACCAUUUUAUUUAUAAUACUUUUGGUGCAAUAUUCUGUCAUGUGUGUUUAUUUACAGUCAAAAAAUGUAUUUUCUUUUUAUUUCCUUAAAAUCUGGCUUUAAAUAUAUCUCCCAGCUGAAGCCCCUUAUAAAUAAUAUGUGUAAAAUUUUGAAGCAGAACUUUAGGCUUGUUAUGGGCAUAGCGGAUAAACAUCCCAGAGCAUUCACAGAUAAGUCAGUAUCUUAAGUUUA